AUGGACCGUGGGUUGAAUGUUCACACAAAGUUUGCUAGGUUGAAGAUUGAUUCUGUUCCCCGAACCGGCCACCUCAACGAUUCGGCUUUCUCUUCACGCAAUGGCAAACCGUCAAACUACAAGCCCUCUGGUGGAUUCAUGGAGCAGGCGAAUCGUCAGAGCAUGAAUAAAAGCCCUGGGCCUACCGGCGGAUUUAUGGAGCACGCGAAUCGCCAAAGAAAGUCGUCCAUCUCCUUUGACCCCCAAGUCAAAACAGAUAGCGGCAAACAAAUUCCGUUGCAGGGCCAGGCACCAAGAGCAAUCAAUGUUGAGGGCACAUCGAAGAAGCCAUACAUUCAGCAGCGUGCACCAGCUCGUGCUUACACCUGGUCCGAGCAGGAUUUACAGGCGAGUCAAGGAAGCUCUCUCCGGUACCAGGGUGGUCAGUUUGGAUACGGUGACGGAAACGGAUCAAUCCGUCGCAGGCAGCGAGAUGCGUGUAGUCCCGGAGGAACUGAUCAGAUGUCUUCAUUGACUUCUGACUCGACUAUGUCACCCAUGUCGGAAGACUUGCGGACGCCGCCCCCUACAGCAGAUCCAUUCGGUCUCUUUUUCCCAUCAUCAAUUGCUAGCUCCCCGCUGAACGAGAACGAACAAGACAACACCUGUUGGUCUUCGCCGAGAAGAUUCAGUACCUCUACCAGGAACAAGUCUUAUUCAUCAUUGGACGGAGGGGCCCGGUCACGAUCAAGGAGGAAUAGUGUCCGCUCUGCAAGCCCUAGAUUUGGUGACGGGUCUAGUCAGCUAAGCCCUGCGAAUAUGUUCUUGAACAAUUUCAAUACAGUUAGUGCGCAACCCGCUGAGCCUGACUCAGAAGGCCAAGAAGUCGGCUCCUACGUUCUAGGCAAGCAGAUCGGAUUUGGUGGCUUUAGCGUAGUCAAGGAGGCUAUCACUAUUGAGGGCGGAAUUGAGGUUACACGCGCGGUUAAAAUCGUGCGUAAGAAGGCCCGUGAUGUUGAUUGUGAAAACGACCAGAUUCAAGCUGAAUUCGACCAAGAAGUCUCACUUUGGAGAUGCCUUUCUCACCCCAACAUCUUGCCAUUGAUUGCGGUUUAUGAUACUCCAUUCGCAACCUUCGCAUUCACGCGAUUAAACGAAGGUGGAACCCUACAUGAUCUCAUUAAAUUGAAUCGUAACGGGCUCUCGGCCAAAUUAGCACAGAAACACGCUUUCCAGCUUGCCCUCGCAUUGAGGUACCUCCACGAAGACAUGCGCGUGAUUCACCGAGAUGUCAAGCUUGAGAAUUGCCUCAUUGAUAUGACGGUAGAUCCAGAUGAGGGUGGAAAUCUUCAACUUUGUGACUUUGGAAUGGCCGAAUUCAUGAAAUCAAACCAUGAUGAAGAGGACGAUGACAGUGAUAGCAGCGGGAACGCAUUCACACUCGACCCGCGCCCUGGACGCCGAUCCAGGCGGAAGUCUUCAUCUGCAUCCUCAAUGGCACCAGUCAUCUCAUCUACCCUGGUUGGGUCGCUCGAAUAUGCAGCACCAGAGAUCUUAUCUAACAAGAACUCCAUGACGCACUACACCACAGCAGUGGAUAUGUGGGCAUUUGGCGUGGUGGUGUAUGCACUUUUUGUUGGAAGUUUGCCGUUCAGUCAUUCCUUCCAGCCAAAGGUGCAAAGCAUGAUCUUGUCAGGAGAAUGGGAUGUUGAUGCAUUGAAGGGAUGCAGAGGGUUGGUCGGCCUUGACAAAGAAUCGAGGAAGAACGUGUUGGAGGUCGUGAAGGGUUGCUUGACCAUGAACGUGGAGGACAGAUGGGACAUCCGGGCGGUGUUGGAGAGUCAGUGGUUUGAGGAGUUUGGGGUUGAGAGCCCCUAA